UGAAAUAAAUGUUUACUCGAAGAAGUGCACGAGACGAGCGUAUUUCCUAUUCCAUGUAUUUCACGAUUAAUUUUUCAAAGUCUUGAGAACUAAUUAUCCAGAUUUGGGGUUUCUUUGUUUCUGCUUGUAACAUAAGCAAUGGGAAGUUUAUGUCCUGUGACAAUAUCCUCAAAUGCAAAUCAUUUAUUCAACAAAACAACAUAUUAAUAAUAAAUAAAAAAUAUAGACGUAUGCCUAGUAUUAUUAAUACGUGACUAGAUUUUAGACUGAGAUUUUAUACCUAAACCGUUUAAUUACAUGUAUAAAUAAACUACAAACGUAUUGUCUUCCUUCAGAUUAAAUGAAAGAUGGCGGAUUUAGCAUCAGCGUUUUUUGACAUAAUUGGAAAGGUGAACGCCUCGAAUCGGAAGUCAGGAAGUCUACAUAGCUCUCCCGACUCUUCAUUUGAUGAUCUAGACAAAAGAGAUGACAGAGUUUUACACAAGAAGGUGUCUUCCACCUCGCGACAAGCGGUCACUAAUUCUUUGCCAUUGCCGAAUUCUGCCACUGAGGUGCACUUUCCAAAUAUGCCUAAACAAGACCGAAUUAAUGACCAAGUAGUGCUGCAAGUCAAUGGAAACAGUAAAAAUGAUAAUGGCGACGAUGACGAUAGUAUGGAUAUGAUUAACGUUUCUCAAAGGAGCAUCAACUCUUGCAAAGCUACUGACGAUGAUAUUUAUGAUGACUUGGAGUCUUCUAUUUUUGCUCUCGGAACCAAAGAGGACAGAAUUACAAAUUCAGAUCUCCAAGAGAAGCUUGUACAGGCGGAGGAAAAAAUACGCAGUUUAUUACAAGAAAAUACCAAAUUGACAAAGGAGAAUAAAAAUUAUUGCAAAAAUAUUUCUUCCCUUGAAAUUACUGCAAGGAGUGAAAUUAAGAAAAAAAAUUUUAUUAUUCAACAACUUCAAUCAAAGCUACAGAGUAUGACAACAACAUUGGCUAAAAAAUCAAACCUGACCAAAGGUGAAGUAGAAGAAAUACUUCGACAAUGUCAUGAAGCACAUAUUGAAGCAAACUCCGAGGUUCUAGUUAAAGAAAUCAGUAAAUUUAUUGAACAAUUGACUUGUGCCAAACCUAAAACAAAUGGAUAUAAAAAGCAGUAUAAGUUUGGAAAUAUGUCGCUCUAUUUAUUUAGAGAACAAGUGCCUUUUGACCGAGAGGGUCGAACAGUUCAGUUGGAGGGUUCAGAAGAAGUGAGUCAACAGGAUUCUCAAGGGACGACUUUGGAGUAUCCAGCAAAUCAAAUUUCUCAUACCAGCGAUCAGAAAAGUACAAGAAAAUCAAAAAGUUUACAAGUAGAUAAAUCUCAACAUCAGCCUCUUCAUAAUUCAUCGUCGUCUACUGAAAAGAAUGCAGAAAAAUUGCCACUGAGCAACAAUGAGAAUAAAAGCAAGGAACGCCGACCCUCCAAUACUAACUCAAACUCAUAUUCGACAUAUUCAUCCAGGUCUAAAUCUCCACCACCACCCUCACGUGGGAAUUCUUCUCGUCAUGACCGAAGCCUUCGAUCUCGAUCACCACGCAAUUUUUCUCGUGAUCGGUAUGGUAGAGAAUCCAGGUAUGACAAAGACAAAAGAAAUGAUAAGGAUUUUUCGCCGCGACACAGAAGUAGUAACACAUCGACUACGAAUAAGCGAGACGACUCUCGGGGUCCAAGGAACUCUACUAGUAGUGCCAGCAGCAAACGAAAAAGAUAAAUAAACCAUCAGUACACAACAAUACGGUCUAAAUUGAAGAUAUUUAGAAUCUCACUCAGUCAAUUAUACCAUAUAAUCAUCAAUAUUUAAUUACAAGAUGCAGUUGUAUGUAAAUAUGUAGAUGUUGUUUAACAAUUAUAAUGUACUAUUCAUAAGUAAUUUCACAGUUUGACGGUAACUGAUUUUGUGUGAUAUUUAUAUACUAAUAUUAUUUAUUCUUUUACAUGUAUUAUACAAGUUGUACUGUAUAUGCAUUAAUAUCCAGUAAACAAACUGUUGAUUAUUAAUGGUA